AUAUAAAGAGGCUACAUGAUAAAUCUAUGCAUUUCUAAUUAAGUGUUUAUUGGUUAUAUAAAUUUAUUAAGUAUGUAAAUAAAAGUUAAAAUUUAUUGAAGAAACUAGUACUUUACGAAUUUUCUUAAUUACAUAAUUAAGUAUGGAUGGAAUCGUGGGUUUGGUUAUGUUUGUGACUGUUGUAUUUCUAAUUUGCUCACUUUGUGGAUGGUGUUGUCACAGAAAACAAAAAGGGGUUGUUUUUUCACGUCCUGGUGAUAAUAUUACAAAUCCAUAUGAUCCAAAUUAUGGACAAGUUAAUCCCUAUCCAACACAAUCGAUAGGACCUGCUGGAACUGCUCAACAUGUGCCGGUGCAACAUCAGCCACCGCCUGGUAUGGCACCAUAUCAACCAACAUCGUAUCCAGCAGGAGCAGGUCCUUAUUCAAGUUAUAUACCUCCAACGAAUACAGUACCACCGUACCCUAUGGUUGGACCAGCGGGAUCAGCUCCACCAUUAAUACCUCCAUCGACAAGUCUGCCUUAUCCACCUGGACCGACGUAUCCCAGUGCGGUACCGGUUGGUACUGCUCCAAAACUACCCACCUACCAAGAAGCUACGGGAGAUGCUACUAGUGGCAAUACGUCUGUAACCAACGAAUUGUACACUAAACAAGCACCUUAUAAUCCUAAUUUUAAUUAAAUUUAAGUUAAAUAAUUUAAGAUAAUAAGAGUCGCAUUACUUAAUUAUUAAUAUUUUGUCUGAAUAAUGAUUUAUUUUUUGAUGAUUUUUAUCAAAAUUUUUUUUAAAAUCUCUCUAGAGAGUAUACGAAAUUGCUCGAAAAACGUUUCUUUGAUAUGAAACGUUAAAAAAUUUUCUACGUAAAGACUUUCUCAUUUUGUAUUAUAAUUUAUAUUUCAGGGUUGCUAAUUUUAAAUUUGCAUAAUAUAAUUGUUCGAUUAACCUUAGAUCUUCUGAAAAAGGCAAUCUUGUGUAUUUGACCUAGUCAUAUUAGUUUAAGAGGUAUCAAUGUCAGGGCUGUCUUAACUGUAUUGAACGUCGCGAUGCGAAAAUCAAACAGCACUCCCCUUACCAACCAAAACAAAAUUAAACUUCAUUUUUGUUGUUGGUUUGAAAUCUACUUUCGAUUCGAUACUUAUUAUGGCCCAUUUCUCAAUUUGUCAAUCUCUCUUGGGUCAUGGUUGAUCGCAAGUAGUUUUUUGAUUAAUUUAAAUUUCGAAAAGGACCUUUCCCCUUCUCCUCGUAAUUAAUUAAUUAAAAUCUUUUUCGGAGGCGUAUACGAACACUUUUGCCACUUAAUUCUGAAUCAAACAACAAUUGUUCAAAUGGCAUUGUAUAAGGCGAUCGGCUGGCGCAUGCAAGAUCAUGCACCUGGGUACCACGAACCCCUUGCACCUCCAAAUAAAGACGGCCCAGAUCACUGAGAAUAAAGUCCUUUAUAACAAAUGCAAAUAUUGUGCUUUUAUAAAUUUUACGUAAAAUGACAAAACCUUACGUAAUCGAGUAUGUUAUAAAUGGGCUUUAAGGCCAUAUUUUUAUAACUUAUAUAUUUUUUUAAAUUAAUUAAUAAAGAUAAAUACAAAUUGAUAGUUCCAAAUGUGUUUUAAGACGAAAACAUGUACCUAAGAAUUUUUUUACGAUUAAAAGAUAUUUUUAUUAAAAUUUUUUUUGCUAUAUCAUUUUUAAAUUUAUGCAUUGAGUAGAAAGAGAUCUAGAAAAUAAAUGAAGUAGAAGAAUUAGAUUUUUUAUUUGCAUCAUUUGAAACAAAUUCUAACUUCAUUGUACAUCAGCGCAAACUGAGAUGAUAAACUGAGAUAAGUUUAAAAGUAAUGUAAUAAUAGUGGAAUUUGUUAAAAUAAUGACAAGUUAAAAGGUCUGACCACUAUUUUUAGCUAAAUUUAGAAAAAUUGACUAAAUAUGAAGUAAAAAAUGUAAACAAAAAGAAAAUUUAGUAAUAAUUUCUGCAAUA